AUGUAUUUCACAACCGAUGAACUUUUGGCUACACCGAUUUUCAAUAAAAUUAUGACUGCUGGUCGAUUUCAAAUAUUACUCAAAAUGUUACAUUUUGAAACUAAUCAAGAUGUCAACAACAAAUUGAAAAAGAUCUCACCGGUUGUUGAAGCUUUACGUCCAUCAUUCAAACGACUGUAUAAACCAAGGCGUUUUCUAAAUGUUGAUGAAAGCUUACACUUAUAUAAGGGUCGUCUGUCGUGGAAGCAGUAUAUUCCGCUGAAGAGAGCACGAUUUGGAUUUAAAUUCUUCAUGCUGUGCGAUGUAAAUGGCUAUAUUCUUAAUUGUAUUAUUUAUACCGGUAGUGAUACGAAUUAUAGUGAGAAAUUUAGCGAUUUAUCAUUAUCAAGUCGAAUAGUGAUGACAUUGGUGGAAGAUUAUCUAGAUUUAGGACGCUGUAUUGUGAUGGAUAAUUAUUAUUCCUCACUAGAAUUGUUUCUGAAUCUUGUAAAAAGAAAGACAGAUGCUGUCGGAACAGUUCGUUCAAACAGAAAAAGCCUUCCACCUGAUUUCAGAAAUUCCAGGCUUCAAAAGAAUGAACGGAUUGCAAGAUAUUAUAAAAAGUUGAUGGCCUUAAAAUGGCUUGACAAGAAAUAUGUUCAUAUAUUAUCAACAUACCAUGAAAAUACUACUACAAUUAUUCAGAAGAGACAAACUCAAGAUGAAAAGCCAAUAUGCAUGCAUUAA